ACAAGCAGGCCAGAGUGGGAGGACCUCAGCUUGCGGGGAGGGACACUUAAGUCGUUUACUCAGGGCGUUUUGUUUUAGAUGAAUCGGAUUCCGAACACGCAGAGUAUUACAACACGGCUUUACUGGACAGAAAGCGCAUCUUUUCGUUCAGCUGUGACCGGUUCUGAGCAGAAUACUCCGCCUCUGAGACAGCCCCCCUCCGCCCUCUAUAUAACCAGACUAGACCGCGAAGAUCCAGGAGAAAAAUCGUGUGUAUUAUGCGUGAGUCGGAGUUUGGAGGUAGUUUUGCGCAGUGAUAAGUAUUUGGAAUAUAAUACCAUGAAUACAGUUUUGGGACUCACGCUGUUUGUCUUGACUGCUCUGUCUCUGUGUAGCCCUAUGAACUCUGAUAAGACCGAUCGCCUUGACAACGAUGCAUCACUGAACGAGGAGAAGAACAGGACAGCCCGAGAGAUCAUCUGUCCCGGAGGGCAGUAUCCCCACUCCGGGUUCUGCUGCGUUAACUGCCCUGCCGGGACAUAUGUGAAGGAGAAGUGCACAACAGCGGGCUCUAGUGGCCAGUGUGCGGCAUGCACCUUUGGCACCGACUACACGGAGCACGGCAGCGGCUUGGAGCGCUGUCUUCAAUGCACUCGCUGCCGCUCGGAUCAAGAAGAGGCGGUCCCUUGCACUCAGACACAGAACCGCGUUUGCCGGUGCAAGUCUGGCACCCACUACUGCCCCCCUGAGGAGCCCUGUGAGGUGUGCAAACGCUGCUCAAAGUGCCCGGAAGGGACAGUGGUGAGAAACUGCAAUGCCACUGCAAACGCAGUGUGUGCGCCCAGAGACAGCCCUCCAGCUGGCACAGAAUCAGCUUCUUCCUCAAGUAACAUCACCCUUGCUGUUGUACUGGCCUUGGCCGUGGCCGUGGCCGUGGCAGUGAUUGGGUGGAUUCUAUGGAAGAAACAGCGUUGCGGGCUGAUCAGUGAGCGUCCAAGUGAGCAGAGUGUGAACAUCCUCAUUCCCACGGGUAUUGCAAGCACCUCUUCCCCGGAAGAGAUACAGAACCACAACAACAAGUCUCAGAUCCGGGAGUCUGCCUUCUUGCUGCAGACUAGAGGUCAGGACAACGAUGACUGGGGACUGGGGGACAGUCUGUCCAACACAGCCGCCUCAUCCGAGAACAGCCUGAGCAGCAGCCCGUACCGCAGCACCCCUCCCCAGAGAGAGAGCCCUAAGUCUGAGAGAGCCAGUCCCGCCAGCGGCGCCACGCUCAAUGACACAAGUGAAUUAUACAGUCUUACUCCACUGCAGGACAAUGCUCUCUUGGCCUGCCUGGAUGAGUUUUGUAAAGUUCCGUUUAAAUCCCGCAACAGACUCAUGAGGAAAGUAGGACUCCAUGACAACAAGAUUGAGACGGCCAAGCAAAACCACCCCCAUGACGUGGAAGAGCAGUUUCACGAGAUGCUGCUCUCCUGGCACGAGGAGCAAGGAGAAGCAGCCGAUAUUAAUACACUGCUGAGGGCUCUGCUGCAUCUGGACCACAGGCUCUCUGUUGAAGAAAUUACAGCAGAAGUUAUAAAAAAUAAAUUUUAUACAAAAUCAUCUUCACACCUGUUAUAGACAAACACCUACUGCUUCUGUAAGACAGAACGGGGGAAAAAAAAAACAAAAAAAAAAAUGCUCUGGCCACUAAAGGAAUUUCUAAUUCUUCCCUCGCUGUUUAGCUCCAGGGGGUGUGUGGGUGUGAUGCUGUUUUUAAGUUCCGAUACCAGGCAGUGUGGAUUUCCUGCUGUGACCUCCCUGGCGCAUCAGCAUGGCAGCCAUCUGGAAUGGGGUGGCAAGGGCACCGCCCGGCGGAGGGGUGAUCAGGUGGGCACCUCCCGUCUUCAUUGUUCACCUGGGAAGGCUGGACGGGGAUGCUGGCAUCCCAGCGCCACUCCCCUCUGCCCCCGGGCCCCACUGAGCCCAGUUUACUUACCUGGUCAUCCAUUCCAGGCCAUUGGGCCACGUACUACAUGAGGUACCUGAACAGUGAAAAAAGCCUCCAUUGAAGCGUAGACACAAGUGAAAACAGGUAGCUCGUGAAGGAGAAAUUGUAUUUAUUAUUUAUAAUUUGUAUUAUGUGUAUUUAAUUUAUUUAAUGAACAAAAUAAUUGCACUGAGAAGUAAUUUUUUUCUUGGUGCCGUUCCUCUCAUUUGCAAUUGUAAAUGACUCGCAGCAAAAGUGUUUCAACACCAGCCUUUUUGGUAUGCGGGCAAAAUGCAUAGCUUUGCACAGGAUCUGCAACAAAAUUAAAACUGGUUUUGAAAGCUGGAAAUCAUACAACUGGAAAAACAAGGGAACCCUGCUUGUCACUGUUGCUUCUGAAUACAGAGAAAUGAUUUGAGCAGGUGUGCUGUGCAUAGACAUCGAGUGUGCAAUGACUGGAUAGCCAACGCUAAGAAAACUUAGGUGCCUCCAAGUGAAAUCCAGCAAAUAAUCCACUAACAUAACCAGAAAAAUGGUGUUACUGAACUUUUAUAGUUGCCUUUGCUGUCUUUAGCUUGCUUUGUAGUUCAGCACUUGUAUUAGCAUGCUAUUAUACAUGGAAAGCGGAGCUGUGUGAUGCCCUCCGGUUACAGAUUCUCUCCCCCUUCGGUGAGGUAAGGUUAUAAAAGCUUCAAAACCACGAAGGCAGACGAGCUCAGGGGGGGGGGGGGGUUGUUUGGGGUCAAGUGAUAUGAUUACUUAUGAUCCUUUAGUAGGACCAGUCUUGCAAAACUCAGGAAUCUGAUUAAUCAGACGCCAUACACUGAAGUGACAUGCUGUACUGUGCAAGGGUCUCUCUUCCCUUGCGAAUGUAAAUUCUGUUUUCCUGCUCUUUGUAUUAGAUCUGGUAUUCUGGUCAUUGUAAAAGCAUUGCAAAAGUGUUUUUUUUUUUUUUUUUUUUUAACUCGGCUUCCUCUGUACAGUGUUAUUGUCCUCCAGUAGGGGGAUACCUUUAUCCUCUGUGCAUUUUGUAAGCGAUAGAGCUACAGAGCUCGAGGAUGUACAUUAUGCUGUAUCCUGCUGUCAAUCUGCUGUUACAUUCUGCAAUUUUAUUUUCUACUGAACUCAGUAUGCAUUUUGUACUCUUGUGUAUAUAUUUCUGUAAAAAAAAAGUUUGUUAUACAAGAUAGGAAGCUGGCUCUUCAAAGAAAAUGUAUUUCCAUUGUAGAAAUGUAUUUUAACAAUUAAAGCAUUUCCAAACAGG